AAUUCUCAUACAUUAGUUACACUCUUCGAUGCCGGCAAUCUUGACCUGCUCGAUGGAGCCAUCGGUUUCGAGGCUGUUGCAGUAGCUAUUUAUCAGCCCGCUAGUGACCAAGUUGUCGUACUUAGACGGCUGGGUAGGCAGUCUGAAGUGUCUGUGCCAGUCGUUCUCUGUCUCUGUGAGUUUCGCGUUCGGAUCGAUCUUGAGUUUCGCCUCGUUCUGCUGUCUGAUCUGCUGUUUCCAUUGGUUAAUCUUCACAAGCUCUCUGGACAAGUUGCGCUGGUAGUAGUUGAGAUUUCCCAGGGUGUGGUUGAAGUUGUCGACGGCGUCGGCCAGGUUAUCCACGGUCUGGUUCAUCGACGCCAAUGUUGCGCCCGUCAGCUCCAGACACGAGUCCUCCUCGAAGUCUGGGCUAAGCUCCUGCAACUUCAAGUUGGACAGGUGGUUGUUCUUUAUUUUCAGAGGCACCUCCUCAAAGAUGUUCCUGUAGGUGAGUCUGUUCUCGUACAGGUUUUUCGACACAAACCUUUCGUCCGACUUCCAUGCUCUAACGAACGAGUCGCUCAGCUUGAACGCUCUCAGGCUCAGCAGACCGUCCAUCGACUUGAGAGUGUCGAAAACUAGCACCACCACAGGCGUUGAGUCUCUGUUUUCUGUCUGGUUCUGGGUCUGCUGGUUGAUAAUCGCUUCAAUAAGCGACUGGCUCACGAAACGGCCGCCGUUCGUCGUCAGAAACCACCCCAAGUGCUUCACCCCCACUUUUGUGUCUUUGAGCUUCGCAAGCAGGUCAUUCUGGUACUUGACGUUGGAUGCCCUGAGACUGAAAAUCUCGUCGUUUGUAUAGGACGGUGGGAACAGGAACGCAUGGGAAACCUUGAUUGCCGUGUGUCUUUUGUCUUCGCUUGGCUUGCUGGCAAUAUCCAAUCCAAACAGUGGUCCCGCCUCCGUUGCUGGGUAUGUGUCUUCGCCGACCUUGCUGAUUUUCAGGGCCACGCUCGCGCUGAUCUCCACGCUGAUAGUCAUGGUGUAUAAAAUUGGCUUUUUUAAUGGAAAAUUUUUUUAAAGCCAGUGUGCAACACCCAUCAAAGUGCGACGAAAAGUAGAAAAAUUAAAUUAAAAAAAACCCAUCCAGCUGAAAAAACGUCGACCGUCAUGUCUGAUAAAGUUGAGGAAGUGACAGAAUCUCUGCAAAAGACCUAUUUGGACGAGGUCACCGGCGAACAGGUGUCCAAGUCGGAGCUGAAAAAGAGACAGAAGCUGCGUGCUCUGGAGGCCAAGAAGGCUGAAAAGGCCAAGAAGGCUGCCGAGACCGCUCCAAAGGUCACCAAGAAAAAGGAUGACAUGGCCAACCUCAACCCUAACCAGUACUUUGAAAUUAGAUCGGCUCAGAUCAACGAGCUUAGACAGCCGCACAGCGAGAAAAACCCUUACCCUCACAAGUUCCAUGUUUCGCUGAGACUCGAUCAGUUCAGAGAGAAGUAUGCCCAUCUCAAGAAAGGUGAGACUUUGCCAGACGUCAAGGUUUCUGUUGCGGGCAGAAUCAUGGUCAAGAGAGAGUCCGGAUCGAAGCUGAAGUUCUACAACCUGGCCGGAGAAGGCACCAACGUUCAGAUCAUGGCUCAGGCCCAGGACGCCGAAGGAGAUUUCCAAGAGAUGCAUGACAUACUCAGAAGAGGAGAUAUCAUUGGUGUCGAGGGCUAUCCGGGAAGGACGAACCCAGCCAAAGGCGGUGAGGGUGAGCUUUCCGUGUUUGCUACCAAGGUCAAGCUUCUGACUCCAUGUCUGCACAUGCUGCCAACCGAGCACUACGGCUUUAAGGACCAGGAGGCAAGAUACAGAAAAAGAUAUUUGGACCUGAUCAUGAACAAGUCCACCAAGGAUACUUUUGUCACGAGAUCCAAGAUUAUCUCUUAUAUCAGAAAGUUCCUCGACAGCAGGAACUUUAUCGAGGUCGAGACUCCGAUGAUGAACGUCAUUGCUGGAGGAGCCACGGCAAAGCCUUUCAUUACUCACCACAACGAUCUGGACAUGGAUAUGUACAUGAGAAUUGCUCCGGAGUUGUUUUUGAAGGAGCUGGUUGUUGGAGGUCUGGAGAGAGUGUACGAGAUUGGCAGACAGUUCAGAAAUGAAGGUAUCGACAUGACCCACAACCCGGAGUUCACCACGUGCGAGUUCUACGAGGCGUAUGCCGACGUGUACGACCUGAUGGACACCACCGAGCUCCUGUUCUCGGAGAUGGUCAAGGAGAUCACUGGAGACUACAAGAUCAAGUACCAUCCGGACGGUCCUGACGGCAAGGAGCUGACCUUGGACUUCUCGAGGCCAUGGAAGAGAAUCAACAUGAUUGAGGAGCUGGAGAAGCUCUUCGACGUCAAGUUCCCUCCGGGAGACCAGCUGCACACCAAGGAGACCGGCGAGUUCCUCAAGAGCAUCUUGAUCAAGCACAAACUAGACUGUCCUCCACCCCUCACCAACGCCAGAAUGCUCGAUAAGCUUGUUGGAGAGCUCGAGGACACCUGUAUCAAUCCUACGUUCAUCUUCGGCCACCCGCAGAUGAUGUCUCCGCUGGCCAAGUACGACAGAUCCAAGCCGGGUCUGUGUGAACGGUUUGAGGUCUUCGUGGCCACCAAGGAGAUCUGUAACGCGUACACGGAGCUGAACGACCCAUUCGAUCAGAGACAGAGAUUUGAGGAGCAGGCCAGACAGAAGGCCCAGGGAGACGACGAAGCCCAGCUGAUCGACGAGACGUUCUGCAACGCUUUGGAGUACGGUCUGCCACCGACCGCCGGAUGGGGCUGCGGUAUUGAUAGAUUGGCCAUGUUUUUGACCGACUCAAACACCAUCAGAGAGGUGCUGCUGUUCCCAACCCUGAAGCCAGACCAAGUGACCAAGGGCGAGGAAAAGAAGGAGGACAAGCAGGAGUAAGUAAUUAAAGUACAGAAUUAAUGCAGACUAGAGGUUUCUAUUAUUUCUUCCCACGCAGCUGGCCCUGGCGUUUCAUCUCCAAUGCGCGCUUGUACGGCGGGUCCGUGGGCAUUUGCACAGGGUCCAGGCUAUGUGUCACCUUGGUGUCCAGCGAGUAAGAGGCGUCCGAAUCGUAGCUAGUUUUGAGGUCUCCACAGGCCACAAAUGGGGCUACCUUGCGUUCCUCGUAGUCCACACGCAGGUCCUCGUGCCACCUGGCGCGGCCAAUGUCCAUAUUCUGGAAGAAUUCCUCGGUGGAUAGCUCUGGUUGCAGAUGGGGCUUCCAUCCUUCUCUCGGCCUGUACCCGAUACAAACUAUGAACGACUCGAGAGACGUGCCCCGCGAAGCCCGUGGCUUUGCACAGACCACUUUUUCGAACAGAAAACCGAGUUGGCUGUACAGAAGAUCGAUAUCCCUGCCUCUGAAGAUCUUGGCGACAAAUGUCCCCCCUUCCUUCAAUAAGCACGUGGCUAGACGCAGGGCGCACAGCACUAGCUGGGCCUGGAUGUACUCGUCCAGGUCGUGCAGCCCAGUCACAUCUGGAGCCCCGUCAGAACACACAAAAUCGGCCUUUUCUCCGCCAAAAAUAUUGAGAAUUUUGUCCAGCGUGCGAGGAUCGGUAAUGUCUGCCUGCAGCGUAACAACGUUGUCAAUUGGUGCCAUCGGCUGGAGAUCUACGGCAACUAUCUGGGCGUCAGAACGCUCAUUUUUGAAGAUUUCACGGCUCAACACUUGCGACCACGACCCGGGGGCAGCACACAGAUCCACCACGCGGUGGAUGUCGUUGAAAAGCCCAAACUGCUCGUUCAGCUGCAGCAGCUUGUACGCUGAACGCGCUCGCCAGCCCUCCUCCUUGGCCUUUCUG